AUGUCCUCAGUUCUGCAACGAUGCCUUGAUGAAAAAUGGGGUUAUGGCUAUGUCUUCGAACUUGGAUUGUCGCUGCGGACGCAAGGUGUCGAUGAGAACUUGGAUGAAGACCGAGUGGCCCAGAUGCUGCUUUCGGAGUUCAGCCACUUCAAAGAAGUCAUGACUAUGGUAUGGAAUGAAGAGACAAUCCGAAAACCAGCCGAAGAUACGGUACAAGAUAUUCGAGGAUAUUUCCAAAAUGCAUCACAACCUGAUUGUAGAGAAGAGGUCGACAUUGAGCGCGACGAAUUGCUCGACCAUUUCCGCUGUUUUGAUGCUGCGUACAAGACUUUGCUUGUAGAGUUUUUGCCUGAUGGAGCUGACAUAAAUGAUUUGGUGCGUAAAACGACAAAGCUGGCAGAGCAACUGAAACCGCUAUCGUGUGCCAAAGGAUGGGAUGCGAAGGUCAAGAAAUCGAUUCCGAAUCUUCUCGCUGGAAUCUUUGCAUUAUUCACUGUGUUAAAAUCUGGAGUCGCUUACAACAGGCUGGAAUCGUCUGCUGGGACACCAACAGUACUUGGCGACGAACUGUUGAUGAGGCCACACAAUAUCCAAGUAUUAACACUGCUGUGCAUGUUUGGAUGUGGGCAACCAUCCCAUGAAACUCUGGAAAGUCAGCUAAUGCAAAUCAGGACUGGGGAAGGAAAAUCGAUGAUACUGGGAGCAGCUGCAACCUUCUUGGGUCUUUUAGGGUUUCGAGUUCGAUGCGUUUGCUACAGCGAAUACCUUUCUGAUCGCGAUUACGGUCUUUUCGAAGACGUCUUUCGCCGAUUCCAGAUUCACGAAGACGUGGUUUAUAGUAAGAUCACCACACUCUCUGAGGACACGACAGCAGCAAAAGGAGACAUUCGAUACUUGACAGAAUCGCUGGUGCUUGGGAGCCUACCGAACAGCUCCCAAAAGCGCGACGGGGAAUCAUCGACUCAGAUUGCAGUGGCUGGUGCGUCUGUCUACGAAAGAGAAACACCACAAGACUCUUCUAGGCUUCAAUGUAUCAAUUCCAUUGAAGAAUCGGCGAAAACAACUUAUCGAAUUUCUGCUACCGGCAUUGGCCUCCCUGAUAAACUGCAGCGACAAAGGAGUGGGGAACAGCUUGAAACUACCGCGACUACAUCUUCUGCCAAUCCAACUGUCAUGGCUAGUUCCGAACGAAACAUUAAGCCACAGCAGAUAAAAGUACAACUCGAAACUGUUUCCAGCCACUCACCUGCCGAACCAACCGUGAUGGCGACUUCCGAGCGAGUCGUCCAGCAUCAAACGGGAGAACAACUGUUUGAAACUACAGCUGGCCAAUCGUUAGCUAAGGAGAUUGUGAGGAAGAGUGAUGUGGGAGAUGUGCAACUGCAAGAGAGAGAACACCGGCUUAAGGCCGAUCCUAUUCAACCGCGUGCAAAGCCUAUUGUGGCGCCUACUUUCGAGCGAAAGGUCAAGGAGGAAAUUUUGCUUGUUGAUGAAGUUGAUGUGUUUUUUGGCCAAGAGUUUUAUGGCCAAACAUACAAUCAAGUAGCACAACUGCGGGAACCUGAAGUUUCGGAAUUGCUGCAAAUCAUCUGGAAACAUGACGGCUCUCAGAAGAAGCUACGCCUUGCGGAUAUCAAGAGUACCGACCCAUAUCUUCGUCUACUACAGAAGAUGGAUGGAUUUGAAUUCCUUCUCGAGAACGAAAUAUCCUUGAUGUUGAAGCAUGUGACCCGAAUCGAUGACGAACCUUACUUUUUGGAUGAGAUUGAGCAGAGAAUCGGAUACAAGGUCAUGGACACGAUUUCAUACAAUGUGACAUAUGGAUAUCGAACUGUGUUCGCCUACCUUCAAGAGUAUGACCGAGGCAACAUCAACGAUCAAACACUGUCAAGAGUUCUGACAAUGCCAAUUUCGUGUGGGCAGUUUUCCUAUGCUGACAUAACUCCAACUAGGAUCCUGGGUGUUUCGGGGACGCUUGACGUAAUGAGUCGGUACGAAAAAGAGGUAUUGACAAGAUACGGUGUGAACACGUAUCUCUAUGUUCCAAGUGUCUAUGGACAAUCGAACUUCUCCUUCGAUCAAGCUGGCGAAGGAAUCGCAGUGGAAACCAACAAGAGCAAUUUUUAUCACAAAAUCUGUGAAGAAAUAAAGAAAGUCUCCGACGAAAAACGUGCUGUUAUAGUCUUUUUCAAAGACCUUGAAUCAGUUAAAGACUUUGCAUCAAGUCCAUUAUACCAAAAGCUUGGACGUCAAAAGAAAAUUCUCUCAGAAGAUAUGGUACCAUCCGAAAAGGACUUUGUGAUCAGUAAAGCUGCAACAGCAAAGCAGAUAACGAUAUGUCCAGCUGUUUUUGGACGAGGAACUGACUUUUUUUGCAAGGACGCAAAGGUAGAAAAGUGUGGUGGCGUUCAUGUCAUUCAGACUUUCCUGUCUGAGCAACGAAGUGAGGAAGUGCAGAUUCAAGGCCGUACUUCUCGUCAGGGCAAAAAGGGGUCAUACAAACUGAUCUUGCACGAAUGUGACCUCGUGAAGACAUUCGGAAUGAAAGAUGGAGAGAAAGACACCGUCCCGAAGUCUGAUUGGUACCAAUGGCUCUGUGACGCCAGAGAUAGAUAUUGUGAUGAGCAUUCCAAGAAAGUGGAAAGGAAUCUAGCCGCAGCAACAAAGAAAGACCGCAACACUCAUGACUAUUUCGAUGCGCUUUUAGCAGCGAAGCAAUCCAGGGCGGAAUCGCUCUUUAAGGAAAUAUAUCUGGCAAUGAAAAGGCCACUUCCAUCUACAGUGAUCCUGGAUAUGGCAUUCGCCAUUGAUACCACCGGUAGCAUGCAUCGUUUCUCUCAAGAAUUGCCAUCGAUUCUAGUCAAAUUACUUCAAGGCCAAGAUUCGAUAGCAGCCAAGCUCAAGGUGAAGUUUCCAGAGCUCACGUUCAAACUUCGUGUUGGUGUGCUCGGCUUUCGUGACAUUGAUGAUACUGCUGAACACUUCGAGGAGAAAGUCUGGUCCGAUGGGUCUCAUUUUACAGAAGACAUGGCAAGUGUGUCGGUCUUGGUCCAGUCUCUGGCUUCUGCAUCGUCCGGAGGCCAUGAUCUCGCGGAAGAUACGGUUGGAGCAAUCCAUCGUUGUACAGCUUGGAAUCAAAAUGGGGAUUGGGCAGGGACCAUCAAAUGUCUUGUCGUGUUGACUGACGCUCCAGCCCAUGGUCUCGCACCUACUGAAUUUGUCAAUAUUCAGAACGGGGAUACCUACAGUGUUCGCCAUCCAAAUGGAUUGACUGUAGAAUCUGUGGUUAGUGAUAUGAUGGCAAAAGACAUUGACCUGUUCUUUUGCUCUUUUGAUCCUGCAGCCACGAGUAAGACCGAGCAAAGGCUGACAGACGCCUAUUUCAAGGAUGCCGGAAACUCACACGAGAAACAAGUUGCGUGCAUUCCAAUGGUGCAAUCCAACCAAUCCAUGGGAUCAUUGGCAUUGACCUUAUCGACCAAGCACAUCAUAUUCAUUCUCGACGAGUCCGGUUCGAUGGAGGAUGACUGGCCUGGUGUUGUUGAGGCGUACAACAAGUAUGUUGCUCGGCGCCUUCAAAGCCAAAGUACUCUUGAUCUGGUAUCCAUUGUCCAGUUUGACGAUAAUGCAAGGCUUACAGUCGACUGUGAGCCCAUCACAUCUGUUCCAAACACUCUUGAUUACAAUGGUGGAGGAACUCGCUUCAGUCCUGCGGCAUCUCUUGGGUCGCAAGCAGUCCAACAAUCACCAGCAUCGCAUGCUCCUGUUGUUGUUUUUAUGAGUGAUGGUGGAACUGAUCCUAGUGAUUCUGCACAAGCCUCACAAACACUUUCACAGCUGAAUUCGAUUGUAUUGCAACGGUACAAUCGAGACCUUGAGCUCCAUGUUAUCGCUUUUGGAGGCGGGGCCGAUACAAGACAGCUACUGGAUAUUUCACAAGCUUCCAAUGUUGGCCGGCUUCAUGCUAGUGCUGACUCAACAGCACUCACUCAGGUGUUUGAAAGCAUUGCUGGCGGUGAAGAUGUUACCGCGUUGAUGGAAUCCCAAAUCGGCAAGCGAAUAUCCGAUGCUGUUGCAAACAAGCUCAGUCUAGAGUACAUUGGAUAA